CAAUUAUAGAAAUUGUCACAAUCUUUAAAAUUAAAUAUAGUAUUAUAAAUGGUAACGCAUCUUCAUACUUGGAACGUGUCUUAAGAAUCCUGAUUUACUCAGAUUUUUUUCUUUCUAAACUUGUGGUAAUGUGAUUAUAACACCACGUCUUGCCUAUAUAUCACACACGCAACACCAACAUCAAAACGUCACACAACAAUUCUCUUAUCAAACCCACAAAAAAAAAAUCUAAUCUUUGCGAACAAUGAGUCCUGUGGCUGAGAACAAAUGGGUUAAGGUGGGUCAGAAAGGAGCAGGUCCAGGACCAAGAAGCUCACACGCAAUCACCGUCGUGGGCAACAAAGUCUACUGCUUUGGCGGCGAGCUUAAACCAACCAUCCACAUCGACAACCAUCUCUACGUCUUCGAUCUUUCAACUCAAGAAUGGUCCAUCGCCCCCGCAACAGGGGAAGCUCCUUUCCCCUGUUUCGGUGUCUCCAUGGUCCCCAUCGGCACCACCAUCUACGUCUUCGGCGGCCGUGACGACUCUCGUAAAUACAACGGCUUGCAUGCUUACGACACGGUGACCAACAAGUGGGAGUUGCUGUCUCCCGUCGACGAAGGGCUUCCCGGUCGGAGUUACCACUCUAUGGCCGGCGAUGACCGGAAAGUUUACGUCUUUGGCGGUGUUACGGCCAAAGGGAGGGUUAAUACUCUGCAUGGGUAUGAUGUUGUUGAUCGGAAGUGGGUUGAGUAUCCGGCGGCUGGGGAGGGUUGUAAAGGGAGGGGAGCUCCUGGGCUUGUGGUUGUGGAAGGGAAAGUUUGGGUUUUGUUUGGUUUUGAUGGUAAUGAAUUGGGUGAUAUUCAUUGUUUUGAUUUGGUUAGUGGACGGUGGAGGAUCGCCGUGGAGACUACCGGGGAUGUGCCGCCGGCGAGGAGUGUGUUUCCGGCGGUUUCUUGCGGGAAGUAUGUUGUGAUAUAUGGUGGGGAGGAGGAGCCGCAUGAGCUGAUGCAUAUGGGAGCUGGGAAGUUGUCUGGGGAUGUUUAUAGGUUUGAUACGGAGACGUUGGUGUGGGAGAAGGUUGUGGAUGGGGAGGGAGGUGGUGAGAAGCCGAGUCCACGUGGGUGGUGUGCGUUUGCUGUUGCGGUGGUGAAUGGGGAGAGAGGUUUGUUGGUUCACGGUGGGAAUAGUCCGACCAAUGAGAGGCUUGAUGAUAUGGUGUUUUGGGGUUUUUAGUUUGUCUUAAUGUCAGUUAUUAUUCAGUUACUUUGUGGCUUUUGUCGUAUGUAAACUGCUUAGUGUGUGUUGUUUUAAGGUGUUGUGUAAGCUGCUAAAGUGUCUGAGGUCAAGGAGGUGUGUAGUUAAGUAAGAAUCUGUGCUACAUAUUUGGUGUUUUAAGUAAUUUCA